GAUAUUUUUCGGAAUCCUUGGAGUACCUUAAAUAUUAUUUACCAAUAAAUGUGCUGAAGGCUUUAUUGUAAAACUUGUUGAGAGCUUCAGAAGACUUUUCGUGUGAAAUUACUGUAAAAUUCAGAUCCCUUUCAGAUCAACUUUCAUAUUCAUAAACUAUUUAAAUGGUCUCACUGAAACAAUGAAUUUAUUAAAGAUACUGAGAAAACAUCUUGAAAAGUCGGGAACCUCUGCCCUGCACCACUAGUGGAGGGCUCGCCCCGACAGCAACAGUGGAAAACCAGAAAUUGAGCUAUCAUUCUCGUCAAACAGUGGCUGGGAAUCGUCAUAAACUGUAUACGACGACGGUAUAAUAACGGAGUUUAGGCCUAGGCCGAGGUUUAGGGGAACUAGUCUUUUGUGAUGGGUCAGUUCCUCAGAGGUCAGAUAAUAAAAUUCGCGAGAGCGCCUCCACCACCACCGUCCGGUUCACAGCAAACUGAACUCAGUUCUAUGACAUUGUCACAGGUGGCCCAUUUCAGUGCGAAGUUCGCAUCGCAAAUCACUUUCCACACAGUAGGAAAGAUGAUGGUGGCAAUGAACUACUUUGGAGGUGCGCUGCAUGAAUUAUGAGCUAGGAACUAGUUUGCUAGAGAAGCAACCUUGAUGUGGAGAUUUUUGAAUUGAUAUCGGUUCUUUGAGCUUCGUCAAGUUCGCGGCACCGCGAUAGAAUCAUAGCAAAUUCUGAAGAAUGCAACAGGUUCUGAUAAGAAUGAGAUGUACGUGAGAUUCCACUGGAGCGCAUCAGGGUCUCAAUGUCGGACGUCUUAUCACGCAGCAUCAAACCUAUAUAACGUUUGACGACAUAAUUUGCAUCGCAGUAUCUAUUGUGCCAUGCUGUCGGAAGCAUAGAAUCAGUCUAUGAUUCGUAACAAUGAAGGUAAGGUAGCUUCAAGAAUCAGAACUAAAACUUCAAGCUUAACAUCACUUCGUUUCCUCAAUUCUAACAGAUAGCACCCGUCGUGCUGUUGUCGCUCGUCCUGAUGGGAAUGGUUUUGGCGGAUCCGUUGUUCCUGUUCGAUGACAUGUUUCGGCAGCAACGAGCUCUGAUGAGGAUUUGGGCCAGAUCCCAGCAGCACACGGCAGAAGCUUUAAUGGGAGGAGUCAGUGGAGGCGGAGGCGACAAAGGAGGACAUCAUUCGAGCGACUCGGAACAUCGUGGCAAAUUCCAUCACGGAAGGCACCACGGCAAAAAGCAUCACAAGAAAAGCAAAAAGGGUCGUCGUCACCACAAGUUUAUGCGGCUGCACAAUGUUCUGGCGCGACUGCAUCGGCGAGGACAAACCCGGCGGAUGCAGCGACUGCGGGAUUGGGGCAAGUGGUUCGGAUAAGUGGUUUGGGAGUGAGUGGAUAUUGACAGAUGAGAUCGUCAUGACAAAAGUGCAGUAACGAAAAGCAAUCGUUUGAUUCUUUUGGUUCGAGAAUCUUGUAGCGAUUGAGCGACUGUUCUUCACAGCAAGUAGAAUCAUGGAGCAUAUGAGAAUAAGUGAUGGGCUAUUCAUUGGAGAUCAAUAUGUACGAAAUUGUAAAAUUCAAAUGGGAUAAGUUGAUCUCGUAUUUUGUAAAAAAAAGGCUUCGGCUUGACUAAUGACGUGGUGUUAGGGUUCAUCAGAAUCCUAAAAUUUUGUAAAAUUUGCCUCGGGUCACUUUAGUUGCUCCGUGAAUCAGUUGUUUUUGUGGAUUAAUUUAUUGAACCAGUCUAAACUAUCUAGAAUUAAGAAGAUUUCCUUGAAAAGUAUAAAAAUAUAUAA